AUGAAUUAUCCAAAGCUUGGUUCAAUAGCGAGAAGAACAGGUUUCAGACCUAAAAAGAAUUUACCAAAAAACCAAAAUGGUAUGGAAGAUAUUGAUGAAUUCUUUAAAACAGAUAAAGAAGAUACAUUCUUCAAACAUCGUAAUGACUCCCUGUCUGAUGAACUGACUCAUGAUAUGCCUUUACAGCCAAUAUCAACCAUUGGCCAAUCAUCCAAGAUCUUACACAACGUCGCGAGAAAGAUUGAAUUCAAUGAUGAAGAAACCACAAAAUCAUUCAAUCUAUCUCCAAUAAAUCACCUUCAUCAUCAUCAUCAUCCUCGAAAAUAUUCCCCUGGAGACAUUGCCGCAACCACCACUACAGCAACAUCCAAAAUCCAUAAGAAAUCUCCAUUGAGAUCUCCAUUAUCCGAAACCAAAUCAAAUCAAGAACGAAAACGAGGUGCAUCAUCCGCUCUCUUCGUUCAAGAUAAUUCCGAUUCUUUCGACGAGGGACAAAAACAACAACAACAACCGGGCCCGUCAGCAGUAUUGCGGCCAAGACCGCUAGUUCGACCAGAUGCAGAACCUAAUAGACUACUUUCUCCGGCUACGAUAUAUAAAGAAUCCCACGACGCCAGGCGAAGACAAGAUAUUGAUCCGUCUCCAUUACCCUCCCCGCCUCCUGAUCAAGCUCGGAGAUUGAAAAGAUCAAUGAAUAUGAGAAGUCCGCGCAGGAUGAAUGAUUUUAGACUGAGAAAUAGGGAAAUUUUGCCGGAACGGAAGAGAGAUAUAUAUUUACGCAAAUCGGGCAUACCUGGUUCGGCGUGGCUUCGGGAGGGAUGUUUGAAUAUGAAGGUGAAGGAUUCCAAUGGGGAUUUGAUAUCUCGAAACAUCGCAUUUUCGGCCACUGCGGGGGAUUUUCAACGUGUGUCAGAAAACCAGAAUGAAUCCUGCAAAGUGGCGAAAUUAUUCGAGAAUGAAGAUGAUAGGGAGGGAAGUACAACGACAACGACUGGGAUACUUGAGGUUCCAUUCCGGAAAACCAAAGCCAGACAUUCAACUGGGGGGAGUUUGUGUGUGUUUCAUGUCAUGAAUGGAUUAAUGGAGAUUACUAUAAAUGGUAUGACUACAUUUGUGGUGAAUAAAGGGUGUUCUUUUGAAGUACCUUGUUAUAAUGAAUAUGAGAUAAGGAAUAUUGGUGAUAGAGAUGCGAGAUUGUUUUAUGUUCAGGUGAGGAAGUCGUAA